AUGGAAGGACAGGCGAAGCUGACGAGGACGCAGUCCUCGCUGCUCCGGUCAUCGUCGACGGUUCGAUCUUCAUACCAAAGCUUAACUUCAAUCGCCGAAGGCGAUUUUAGCGAAGUCCCUCACCAGAAACAAGAUCUGGAAGCCGGAGAGAAAGAGGAGAAGCAGAGGAGAAAACCGCCUAAACCAUUCGGGUCGAGUCCUCGAACCGGGUUAACCCGAAUUAAUCCGGGUCUAGCCUUCACAAUGGUUUCUCUCUCUUUCCUCAGUCUCUCAUCCUUCUUCUUCUUCGUCGUCUUCUCCCAAACCGAUGAGAUUCUCACUUCCGAGAAUCUCCUCCUAGCUCUGAUCUUCGUCGCCGUCGCUCUCUUCUUCGCCUCCAGGAACAUCGCGCUCCUCAACAAAACCGCAGUCGCAAUCAAACAAAUCUGCGACGAAGCCACCAGAAACCUAGGGUUUCAGAGCAGAACCAAAUCGAAACCGGUGCAGUGGUACAUCGGAGACGAUUCGAAGCCGGAGAAGAAACUCACAGCAUCACAACGAGAAAAGCGAUUCGUCGUCAAGGAAGGUGUUCAAUUCUACAGCAACGGCGAUUUCUACGAAGGCGAAUUCCACAAAGGCAAGUGCAACGGAAGCGGCGUCUACUACUACUUCGUGAGGGGAAGAUACGAAGGCGAUUGGAUCGACGGGAGAUACGACGGCCAUGGAAUCGAGAGCUGGGCUAGAGGAAGUAGGUACAAAGGUCAGUAUAGGCAAGGUCUUAGACAUGGCUAUGGAGUUUACAGAUUCUACACCGGCGAUUGCUACGCUGGUGAAUGGUUCAAUGGUCAGAGCCAUGGGUUUGGUGUUCAAUCUUGCGCUGAUGGUAGCUCUUACGUUGGUGAAUCGAGAUUUGGUGUCAAACAUGGACUUGGAUCUUACCAUUUCAGAAAUGGGGAUAAGUAUGCAGGAGAGUAUUUUGGAGAUAAGAUCCAUGGAUUUGGUGUGUAUCGAUUCGCGAAUGGUCAUUGUUACGAAGGAGCGUGGCACGAAGGUCGUAAGCAAGGGUAUGGAGCUUACUCGUUUAGAAACGGCGAUGCUAAGUCUGGCGAGUGGGAUUCAGGGAAUCUUGUGACGUUUCUUCAUACGACGAGCGAGCCGGUUUGCAGAGCGGUUCUUGCUGCGAGAGAGACGGCGAAGAAGGCGGUGAACCGGAGACGAGUGGAUGAGCAAGUGAGCAGAGGCGUGGCUGCAGCUAAUAAGGCAGCGACGGCUGCAAGAGUGGCUGCGGUUAGAGCCGUUCAGAAUCAGAUGGAUGGUAAAUUUUGUCAAAGUUGA